AUGAAGUCUUUCAUACUGGCGGCUACAGCCCUGGCCAGUGCAACCCUGGCUUCGGCAAAGGUAUCCCUACCCAAUGGAUGGUUCAAGAUCUCUCCGGAUGACAAGAUCAAACAUGAAGAAUUCCACGGCAAGCCAAGGUACCUGACAUGGAUGGCCGACUCCCAAAUCAAGCACGGCGUCGAGCCCACGUUCGCCUACACCGUCUCGGCCUACCUCUCGGGCGUCCUGCGUGCCUACGACCGGACCGGGGACGAGAAGUACUACGACUACGUCAAGCGGCACGCCGACAUGGUUCUCUACCCAGCCUGGAACGGCGACAUCCUGCUCUACAACAACAGCAACUCGAUCGACGACAUCCGCUUCGGCCACACCUUCCUGGACGUCUACAACCUCACCGGCGGCGAGCCCAUCUACAAAGCAGCCGCACAAACGCUGCGCGACCAGAUCUCGCGCACGGGACGCAAUCCGGACGGGGGGUUCUACCAUCGUUACCCGGUGUACAUCGACCAGAUGUGGCUGGACGGCAUCUACAUGCUGGACGUCUUCUACGCGCGGUGGACGCACGAGUUCGAGCCCGACAACACGACGGCCUGGGACGACAUCGCGCUGCAGUUCGACCUGAUCGACGCCGGCACCACCGUCGACCGCGACCGCACCAACGGCCUGCCGCUGCACGGCUACGACUACGCCAAGACCACCGUCUGGGCGGAUCCGGACACCGGUGCUGCACCUCACGUCUGGGGCCGCGCCGUCGGCUGGUACAUCAUGGCUCUCGUCGAUACGCUGGACUACUUCCCGGAGAAGCACGAGGGCCGCGAGCGCUUGCUCGGUUACCUACAGUCCCUGGCGGACGCCCUCGUCGAAGCUCAGGAUCCCGAGUACAGGGGCUGGUACAACAUCAUGGACCCCGGCCUCGAGAAGCGGUCCGGCAACUACAUCGAGAGCUCCGGCUCCAACAUGUUCGUGUACGGCCUGCUGAAGGCGCUGCGCCUGGGAUACAUCGAGGGCGAGAAGUACCUCAACGCUGCAUUGGACGGGUACGAGCUGAUGACUGAGACUUUCGCCGAGGAGCGGAAGGAGGAUGGCACGUUGGAUCUAGAGUGGACGGCGCAGACGGGAAGUCUGAGCUCGAAUGGCACCUUUGAGUACUAUGCCAGCAUUCCAGUGUACGAGAAUGACUUGAAAGGGGUUGCUCCUUUCCUCUUCGCCAGCUAUGAGUAUGAGCUCUACCUCGAGGGAAAGAACUGA